UCAAGAAUAGCCACGUCUCAUGCAGUAGGCAAAAUAUCAUCGGUUAAUUGUGGCUAUAAUGUCAUCCCCCAACCCGCUGGAAGAACCAGCGUUUGGCUCUCUUUUCUAUAUAUAGACUUUGUUCUUUCAAGUAUUGAUCAUUCUCGGGAACUUCCAACUUUUUUUUCAUAUCAUAAUCAACGUACAUAAAUCAUGGAAUCCUCCAGCAACCGCUUAUCUGGAGGACUGACGCCGUGGUCCAGCGGCCUCUUUGGCUGCUUCGACGAUGUUGUCAACUGCUGCAUAACGUGGUGGUGUCCAUGCAUUACGUUCGGGCAGAUUGCUGAGAUUGUAGACAAAGGAGCAACAUCGUGUGUGAUGGCAGGAGGUAUUUACGGCUUGAUAGCCUGUGUGCUUGGUUGUGGGUGCAUCUAUUCUUGCUCCUACCGCUCAAAGUUGAGGGAUCAAUACAUGUUGACGGAGAGCCCCUGUGCUGAUUUUUUAGUUCAUUGUUGUUGUGAGACGUGCGCCUUGUGCCAAGAGUAUCGCGAACUUAAAAGCCGUGGAUUCGAUGUAUCAGCCGGGUGGCAAGCAAACGUGGAUAGACAGACUCGUGGGUGGCGAUGGCAGCUAUGGUUCAAGGUGGGAUGACCAGAUAAAAAGGAGAGAAGGGACACAUCUACAUUUACCCCUAAAAUUAUUUAUUAACAAAAUGUGACUAAAUAACGUGUGAUUAAGAGUUAUAAGUGAUAAUAUCACAUGACUCUUAGCAUUAUUUAUAUAUUUUUGUUUCAUGUAUUGUAUUAUUUUGUAACCGUACAUUAACUCGUCACUGGGUGCCUUCUUCUUG